AUGGAUCCCAUAGAAGAUCGGUCAACAUGGGAUUACAUUUAUCAUGCUAUGUUCAGCGAAGCACUCUUAACGGAUGUUUUCGUAGAAAGUUGCGACAAAAACAUCGCAAUUAAAAAUCUGCAUGAAUAUUUUAAUUUAAUUGAUAAAAGUGAUGAGAAUUUUGGUAAUAGGUAUAUUGUUGACUGCAUUCUAAAGCGAUUUGAUAAGUCCGACUUAAAUUUUAAUGAAGAAAUUGUAUUAUAUUUUCUUAAUCGAUCAAAAGAUCAAAUUGUAAGAGCUCUACUUCCAUAUCUUAACUCGAAUCAAGCUAAUUACAACUUUUCGGAUAAAGAAAAGCACAACAUUGCCUUCUUUUUGUUGGCAUUUAAAGAUACAUAUCCAGGAGCAUACAAAAUACUCUAUAACAAGUUCAGACAAUUAAUCAAUGCAGUUACACUAGAAACAUUAUAUGACUCUGUUGGUCAAGAAUCAUUCUGGCUCCUUCAAGAAGCUCCGAUUUCAUUUUUUAACUCAUUUCGCAUUGAUAAUGAAGUUGUAUUUGAUUUGUUUAAGAUACCUCUCUUCUAUACAGACAUAAAUGUAACACACGCUUUGCAAAAAAGACUUACAAAUCUGUAUUUAUAUCCAAAUCCGUUUCCAAAAAUACCAGAUUUAGCAUUUUCAUGUAUGAACACUGUUAUAAAUCUAAAUACACACUUCAUGGAUGUCAUGAAUCAAAUGGCAAUCGAAUAUUUAACGAGCGGAGACUAUAAUUUGAUGAUUUCUAAUUUUAAGCUUUUUCAGACCACAAUUCCUUAUUUCUUAGUAGCACAUAAAGAUUUGGUUUACAAAGACCUUCAAAAUAUUGUUCCUUUGUUAUCUGAAAAUUUUCCGCCUUCUUGGGCCUCGCAAUUAGUUGCAAGAUUCAGGAAUGAUUACAAGCUACUCGAAUUAAUACAAUUCUUAAACAACAAAGAUAAAACUCCGGAUUUAGAAAUUUUAUUGAAAAAUUCAAUUCCAUUUUUAAUACAAAACGCGAUAGGUAAUGCAGAAAUACUCAAUUACGGCAAAGUACGAUACUUUACAGUCAGUGAUCGUGCAGCAAAAGCAGAUUUUGACUUUUUAAGGUCAUAUACAGCUUUUAGGUACUUCUUUUCGAUUUUAACAUCUCCUCCUACAUAUGCCAGUAAGUUUAUCGAACAAAUCAACGAUGUAUUAUCUACAAUUCAAAAUCCAAAAAUUCUUGACAGUGUUUGCAUCGAUUUAUUCUCAUUAUUAUUCAUGAAAAAGGAUGGAAACUUCAUGCUUACGACAAGUACAGUCAGAAUGCUUGUAAAAGUAUUAAAUAACUACAGUACAAAUCAAUAUAUCGCAAAUGCAAACGCGAUGUUCCAGAAAAUACCAUUCUGGCAGCGUGAACCGCAGUUCCACAGCUUUUUCGAGCGUAAUCCUUCCGAUAUUUACGAAGCAAUUCUAAGCCAACGCUGGGAUAAAGCUGAUAUGCUGACACAAGGCCUUCCUUUGUACAGGAAAUUCUUCUUGUUAUCUAACGCGAUGUAUAACAAGCUGAAUGACCAAGAUUUCUCCGAAGAAAGUCUCAAAUAUAAAGAAAUAAUCGAUUUGGAAUUUGAGUUUACAAAAUCUCAGAAAAUAAAUUUGAGAGGUUUCAUUGACAAAUUCCCAGAAUACAAAGAUAUCAUUGAGAAAAGGAUGCAAAGCGAAGAUCCUAUUGAUAUUCUCAAUAAAACUCAAGUUCGAAAAGCAUUAUACGAUUGCGAACAAUUUUACAACGUAAUCGACCUUGAACCCAUCCUAGAAGACCUCAAGAAGCACAGCAUGCUUUACGAAUUCUCCAAUUACCUUAACGAAUACAGGCAUGUAACAAAUAUGAUAAAGAUUGACAUUCCUAAGGCCAUUAUGACCUCGUACAAGUCCGGCAACCUCAAGUUUGCUGAGAAGAUUUGCAAGAUGGCCGGAAAAUCCAUCAUGGAAGUCAUCCUCGAGAAUUCUUCCGAUUUCGAGUUGGAUGAAGAUUUUGUUCUCAAAAAUUUCAAUGAGUAUAAACUGGAAAUGAUCGUUCUUUGUAUCACACAGAUCAAUCCUUCCAUACUAAUGAAACUGCCUGACAUUCCUAAGGAAAUUUUGUCAUAUAUUUCACCUCACUUUGAUUUACAAAACCGUUCAAAUGAUUUUAAGAAAUUAAUUCAAAUAAUUGAAACAGGCGAAGAUGAAUUUAUUGAUGAUAUUUUGUUCAAUGUCAACCACAGACAAGUUUUGAAGUAUUUGCUUGAUAAUAAGGAAAUUCUGAAGUUUACAAAAACCGUUUAUAAUGUAUUGAAUGUUGUAGAGUACACAACAGAAAAUGAAGAAGAAAGAAACCAAAUAAUUAACAUCAAAAUCAAUUUUGUUAUUGAUAACUUUACAAAAAGUGACGGUUCUGAAAAUGACAUUGUCAAUGUUUUGACUGAGAAAUUGUCAAAAGAAAUUGCUUUGCAAUAUCUUAUAAACAAAAAUGAAAAUUGCCAAUAUUUGACAGUAGAAAACUUAUUUGACAAAUACAAAGAAGAAGAUGAAUUUUUCUUGGUAAAAAUUGUCAAAAGUUUUCCAAAAUAUUUCCGCCAGUUAUUGACGAAAUUCACUAGAUUCACAAAGGUAUUCGAGAUCUCUGCUACUCCGCAGAACAGAGAUAUUCUAAACGCAUUUAAAUUGUUACCUUCUCAAAUUUUGAAUGAAUGUCAGACGAUAGACAGAAUUUCAAUAUUAAAUGCUUUAGAAAAGCUUCCUUCUGAGAUAUUUGCACUCAAGAAAGAGAUCACUUAUUUCCUGGCUGACGACGAUUUCACGGAUUUGAUAAAUAGAAUGUCAGAUUUUACAAUGAAAUGUAAAGUUGUCAGAUUUUUACAAGAAUUUUAUUCUGAAAGUCAAAAUUUGUCAAUUGUUGUUGAAAAGAUAGUCAAAGACACAGUGAAAUCAAUUUACAUCAAUUCUAUAGAAUCUGAAAAUUCGGCGGUUUUGACACUUCAAACCGCCAUGACGAUAGCAGAAGGCGAACAACAUAAACUUGUAGAAAUACUUCUUAACUUAGUCAGAUCUGGUUUAUUUGCCGUCCACAAAAUUUCUUACAAUUUUAGUGGAUUGGAUGAAGAAAAUUUCGGAGAUUAUUUGAUGGAAAUUAGUAUUAAAAGUGACAUUUAUGAUGUUGGAAAUGAAAUUUGUGAUUUAUGUCACCUUUCAUCAGAUAAGAUGAACUUCCAAAUUUCAUUUUUGCUUCUUAGACUCGGACUCUACAAUGACGCCAAAAAGAUUAACUUUACAAAAACCACCAGACUUGAGAAUUUUGAAUACAAAGGUUGGCAUCAAAAUCAGAGUCCAUUUUUAGACACAACCGCUCUUUUCAUUAUGCCAUUGAUGAAAGCAACCAUUGCUCCACCAUCAUUAGCUCCUUCUUUGUUACAAUUAAGUCUUCCCAUCAAAGAAGAAGAUAUACAAAAAAUUGAUUCCCAAAAUGUUUAUCUUUGUUUGAAGAAUUUGUCGCAAAGAUUCAUAGAAAAGAGGAAAUCUAAACCAGGUUUGCCAAUAACAAGAACUGAUGAUGAUAAGAAGAGAUUGGAAUUAAUAAUGCAUGCGAAAUACUUUGUAAUGAGAUAUUAUGAUAUUUCUAAUACAUUGUCAAUAUUAAUGAUGAUGCAAUGCAUUGGAGAUGCUUAUCAAACAUUGUUUUUGAUAGAAAAUGAAGAAGAAAAAGUCAAUUUGUUCGCAAAUUACUUUUAUCUUCCUGCUUUUUGUACAUUGAAUUUCGGUAAUGAAUUUGAGAAAUUCAUGAAAACUAAUGAUCCUAAUUUCGCAUUGACAAACAAAAUGUGGAAUGGAUUGAUAGAAUAUCUCAAAGAAAUGUCGAUGUACGAAAACCUUGCUUUCGUUUACUGCUUCAGAGAAAUGUACGCUGAAGAAUCAAUUGCAAGAUUAAACUUGUUUUCUACAGCUACAAGUUUCACGCAGAGUUACAACUUAACAAGCAAUGCUUUGUUGAGUUUAGACAACGCGUUGAAAUCACAGAAAGGAAGAUCUAAUUAUAGCUACGAUGAGCUCCAAGAAAGCUACAAUUUAGUUAGUAUUCAACAUCAUUUCUUCCAAUUUUUGUUCGAAAAUAGAAAACUCAUGAUAAGUUUGAACGAAACAGAAGGAAUUGAUAUAAUUCACAACCCACAAAGUGGUGCGAAAAUGGCUGCAAUUUUACUUCUUGAAGGACAUGAAACUGAAUCUCUCUACAAAGAUAUAAUCAGCACAACAGGUGUUGAUGACAAUCAGUUGGUAAAAGCUUUGGCAGAGAUUAUUAAAGGAUUUGAACCAAUGAAAGCUACAGAUUUGUUGAGUAAAAUGAAGAAGAAAAAGAACCACAGAAGGCUGGUUCCUCUCAUUAUAAGAAAGAUUUUACCUGAAUUGGCUUUGUCGAAGUACUCAAUGAAUAUUCCUGCUUUUAUUAUGAUGGUUGAUGACCUCAAACUUCGCGCUCUUUUGUUCAUCGAAUACGACUGCUUGGGAGAAGCAACAGAAUUAGUUCACAUGGAGAAGAUGACUGAUCUGAUUACUCUGAUUGCAUACAGAGCUUCUCAGACAGGAAGAGACUUGAUCAUAUUAAAUUAUGUUAAAUAA